AUGCCGGCGGCCCGAGGUGUUAAAAGAACAGCUUCGAAGUCUUCGGCAGUAACGGCUGCGUCGGGACCUAAAAGCAAGAAAAAACGAGGAGCCGUACAGUUAGAGAUCCCAAGUGCGCCUAAGGGUCGUGGCUGCGUUCUAACAUGUGGCCAGGGAGAUGUUGGACAGUUGGGACUCGGCGAAGAUGUCCUGGAGUGUGUCAAGUUCAAGCAAGUCACAGCCUUGGGUAGCAAAGUCAUUGAUGCUUGUGCUGGUGGUAUGCAUACUAUUGCACUUGAUGCUAAUGGAAAGGUGUGGACAUUUGGAUGUAAUGAUGAAGGAGCCCUAGGCAGACCAACAACAAAUGAGCAAGAAGAAGGUACAGCAGGCAUGGUCUCUCUACCUUCACCUGCUGUUGCUAUCUCGGCAGGGGAUUCCCAUUCUGGGGCAUUGCUAAGCAACGGAGAUGUUUACGCUUGGGGUGCCUUUAGAGACUCGCAUGGUAGCAUGGGUUUAGUUUUACGUGCUCGAGAGGGAAAAUCAUCGAAGGAACCUCUAAAAGUGAACAUACCGGAGACAGCUGUGGCUAUUGCUUCGGGUGGAGAUCAUCUGGUUGUUCUAACAUCAAGUGGUGCCGUUUACACAAUGGGUUGUGGUGAACAAGGUCAGCUCGGUAGAUUGUCUCAACGGUCAGCUUCUAGGGAGGCUCGACAAGGAUUCAGCGCGUUGUUGGUACCAUCAAAAGUCCCGUUAAAGUUUAUCGUGUCCCGCAUUUGGGCCGGCUACCACGCCACCUUCGCGCUAGACGCCAACACCGACAAAAUGUUCGCGUGGGGUCUCAAUAAUUAUGGACAACUUGGUAUAACAGGAGAAAAACGCAAAACAGCACUAUACACGCCGAUGGAAUGCGAUGCGUUCUCUACUACCGUCAGCUGGCAAGAAGUGGCCUUGGGCCAACACCAUUCGCUGGCUCUGGACUCUAACGGGCAGGCGUACGCUGUGGGGCGCUGCGAAUAUGGAAGGCUAGGCUUAGGCGAUAGGACGACAGAUGCAGAAGGCCUAGAAGCCAUCCCCAAACUACAGAACAAAAAGUGCAUUAGUAUAGCAGCGGGGACCAGUAAUUCAUUUGCAGUGACCGAUACAGGUGAAGUGCUGGCGUGGGGAAUGGGCAGCGAAGGUCAACUGGGUACAGGUUCUAGUUCCGACGCGAAUGAACCUACUCCAUCGAUCUGCGUCGGCGUCAAUAUCACCGAGGGUGGCCACAAACCCGCCAGGAUAUCAGCUGGUGGUCAGCAUACCGUGCUGUUCGUGGAGGACACCUCUCCGCAAAAGGAGCCCACGCCUCAACCGGAAGAAGAAGAGCCAGAAGCGGAAGUGGAACCUGCAGAACCGAAGCCGAAGAAAGCCAAACAGGAGCAGGACCAGCACAUAACAUCGACGAGCUCAAGUGAAGUUAACGAGAAGACGGAAGCCAAGGUUGGAAACCGCACGCGGAACCGGGCUCCUAGCAAGGAGACGGAAGCCAAGGUUGAAAACCGUACGCGGAACCGGGCUCCUAGCAAGGAGACCAGUGAAAAAACUGAAAAAGUAAACGGGGACGAGAAGAUAGAAACGCCUAUGGAAGUAGAUGAAACUGACAAAUCUGACAAAUCACAAGAAGAGAAAUUAACAGCCGAAACAGAUCAAAGUGCGGACGAAACAUCGCAAGAUUCCAAGCCGGAGACCAUGGACACAUCCAGCCAAGACACGCUCGACAGCGAAACAGACAAACAGACAGACAAGAUGGACACAGAUAAGAACACGGACAGUGUGGACACAGAUAAAGCGGUUGUAGAUAAAGAGAACGCAGAUGUAGAGAAAGUAGAGGCUGUUGAGAAAACCGCGGAAGUUAACGGCACUGAGGAAGUAGCGUGA